AUGCAGGAUAAGGUGACAGUGGGCUUCUACGAGGAAAGCCUCUGCCCAUACUGCGCCCAGUUCACUACCAAGGUCGCAGCACCGCUGUUCCAAAAUGGCCUCUCUGACUACAUAGACUUCGAUCUCGUCCCAUAUGGCAAUGCCAAGAACACAUCAGAGGGGCUUGUGUGCCAGCAUGGCGAGGCAGAGUGCCGCCUCAACAGGGUCUUUGCUUGCGCCAUCGACCAAGCAAAGCAUCAGGAGGAUUGGUUCCCGUUCAUUGCAUGCGUGGAGGGGAAAUAUGGGGCUGAGAUAGAGGACAGCGUGGAGGGAUGUGCAGAGGAGGCAGGGCUGGCCUACAAUGACAUCAAGGACUGUGCCACUGGUGGAAAAGGGGACGACCUGGAGCGGGCAGCUGCCGAUGCAACUGAUGCACUGGUGCCCAAGCACCAGUAUGUGCCUUGGGUGACUGUGAACGGCAUUCCACUGCUGGAUGACUAUGCAAACCUACAGACAUACAUUUGCGUGGCACUGCAUGAGAACUCGAGGUGA